AUGACAGCGAACGAGUCCGCGCCGCGCUCCUUCUACGGCCGGGCCGCCAGCCAGGGCUGCUUCCCCGCCGAGGGGCGCUUCUUCGAGUGCUGCUGCGGCGAGGCCGGCCCGAGAUGCUGGCGCGGCGGCCGCCACUUCCUGCGCUGCUGCCGGGGCCGGCUGGGCCGCUGCCGCGGGCGUCGACGGCCGCAGUUGCACGCCGUUUCCUUCGCACCCGUCCUUCGGCGGAGAGUUGGGCCACGGUGGUGCUGGGGCACUCGGUGUUGCGCUGGCUGGGCACGCCAUUGCUGCUCUUCGGGUCGGGCCGGGCGCCCCAGGGCGGCGGGGGCGAGGAGCUCCCGUACACGCUGCCGGAGGGGGUCCCGCUCUCCGGCUACCUCAUCCGCAAGGUGCUGCUCACGCGGGAAGUGCUGGAGGAUCGGGGCUGCCGGCCGAGGACCUGGUGCUGUACCUCGACGCCGCGGACACGCUCGUGCAGCGCGGGGGCGCGGCGGAGCUCCAGGCGGCGUGGUCCGCGCUGGUGGCCCGGGCCGCGGGCGCGGGCGCGCAGUGGUCCGCCGGCUGGGAGCCCGUGGUCUUCGCCGGGCAGGGGCACUGCUACCCGUUCGAGCAGUGGGCCCGCGCGAACCUCGACGACGGCGGGGAACCAGCUGUGGAGCGCGCGCCCAGGUUCGAGCGCGCCUGGGGCCGUGCCUCCAGGGCCGGGCCGCUGCUGGCGGGCGCCGCGGAGGUGUGCGCGGAGGUCCGGGGUCCCGGCACGCUGCCGUUUGCGGACACCGGGACAUGGCUCGGCCGCGUGCGCAGCGCCCGCCGGCUCUUCGGCGUCAUGGCCGCCGUGGCCGUGCAGAAAAGGCCAGCGACUGCAUGCAGGUGCUGAAGCUUGUCCAGACCUGGUUCCCUGGCCUCGCGGUCGUGGACACCGAAGCCGAGCUGUUCUGGACCACCGAGACCGAGCUGGCCGCCAGGGAGGGCUACGGCGUCUCCGAGCAGCACCCCCGCGUGCAGAGGACGAAGGCGAAGACGGCUAGGCUGCUCUGCAGCAGCGGCUCACCAACCCUCGAGGGCUACUGGGGCGACGGGUGCUCGCCUCCCAUGCUGCUGGGCACGAAGUCGGUGCCCUUCGUCCUACACCACGCCGGGCCGUCCAAGGCGACGCUGGGCAGGCGGUGCACCGCGGCGUACGCGAUGGAGUUCGUUGCCAAGUCCGACGCCUGGGAGGUUCACGAUCUCGAUGCCGGGACCUCGGUGCGGCUGCACCUGGGCUCGGCUGGCCCGUUGGCGCAGGGGCUGCAGCAGUACCGCGGGAACUGGACAGGCGGCCAGCGGUGCGGGGGGCUCGAUGGCCGCCAUUAA